UUUUGACGUAUUCAAAGUUUUCCCGGAAAUCGAUGCUAAGUACUUUCUCGGAAAACAUAGUGACGUUAUGGUAUUGAUUUUGCUUAGCGAAGCAUUUGUAUAUAUUCCUUGCCUUCGGCUAUUUAAGAAUAUUCUACCGUCGAAGAAAAUUUUGAGCUUUGGUGGAGGAAUUAUCAGCUUAAAGAAAGCAUUUUCAUGAUCAGAAGCGAUCGAUUGUUGAUCCCUGAUUCGAUUACUGUUUAAUUUUCAUUAUUUCCUUGCUGACCUACCGUAUCUAAGGUAAUUCCUUGUUGGUCUGAAGCGCCCCUCAUCGUGAAAGGAUUUCCAAUGUAGGGCUGCAUAAUGAGACUAGAGCUUUCUCUUAUUUCAAAUGCACAAUAAGUGACACCAUGGAAAAGGCUUCCGAAAGUGAAACAAAGGGAGAAGCCGAAGGAAAUUUUUCAGCUCGGCCGUACCAAGUGGAGCUCCUAGAACGCGCGAAGGAAAGGAACACCAUCGUAUGUUUGGGCACCGGAACUGGUAAAACGUUUAUAAGUGUCAUGCUUAUAAAAGAACUCGCUCAUGAAGUAAGAGGAAACUAUAAAGAUGGCGGGCGAAGAACUUUCUUCCUUGUAAAUACAGUUCCACUCGCUAGUCAACAAGCAAAAGCGAUCGCUAAACAUACAGACUUGAAAGUCAAGCAUUACGUUGGAGAAAUGGGAGUAGAUUUCUGGGACAAGCCAAUUUGGGAAAAGGAGUUCAACACAUGCAAUGUUCUGGUCAUGACAGCUCAAAUAUUUCUCGACUUGCUGUUACAUAGCUAUAUACUUCUUUCACAAGUGAAUCUUUUGAUCUUUGACGAAUGCCACCAUGCUAAGAAGAAUGAUCCUUACAGGCAGAUAAUGCAGUGCUUCAGCGACUGCCCAGAGCGCCGAUUACCCAAAGUUAUGGGUUUAACUGCCUCGAUAGUUAAUGGAAAAGUAAAGCCGUAUAGAAUUGAAUCAGAAAUCGUAGAGCUGGAACGCACCUUAAGAUCUACUUGCGAAACAAGUCAAGAUGAAGACGUGGUAAGAUAUGCUGCUAAACCCGAGGAACUGAUUCUUGUUUACCCAAACCAGAGUACUGACGAAAAUGUGAAAACUCUGAUUCAAAUCCUGUCAGAUGUCUUAAAACCAGGAAUUAGUUUUCUCUGCGACUGUCGGGUGAGUCAGCGAGAGAAUGAGAAUGCACACUGGUAUGCUAAGUUCGCUCUGAGGGAAUGUAAAGAGACGUUGGAUGAACUGGGGCCUUGGGCUGCAUUCAGAGUGGCACAAUACUUAAUUGAUGAUCUAGACAGAGCAUGUAGGGUUCAAAGCAGCAAAGAAGGACGAAUGUUUUGCGAGUUUAGUGCCACCCAGCUGCGUCAACUACGAGGCAUUUACUGUAAUUUUACUGAAAGUGAUGGCUCUGAAGACAGUGGACAUUGUUCUUUCAUGCCAAAACUUCAGAAGCUUUUGAAUGUUUUCAGGGAGUUUGCUGAUUCACAACAGUAUGAAGCAUCUGACAAGGAGAAGACACUCUGUGCCAUUGUGUUUGUUGAGAGACGAUACACUGCACUAAUCCUCAGCCAACAGCUUAACAUGGCUGCCAAACUUGACCGUGAGCUCUCGUUCAUCAAAAGUAAUUUUGUGAUUGGUCACGGCACAGGUGCAAGAGUGAACUACUCCAGUAACACAGACAUGAAUUUUAAGAAACAGGAAGAAGUGCUGGGGAGGUUCAGAAAUGAGAAGAAAAGACAUGAAUUCAAUGUGCUGAUAGCCACCUCUGUUGUUGAGGAAGGAUUAGACAUCCCCAAAUGUAAUGUAGUCUGCAGGUUCGAUUUCCCAAAGAAGUAUCGUUCCUAUGUACAGUCCAAGGGCAGAGCUCGUGCUAAAGGUUCCAGGUACUACAUGCUGGUAGAUGAAAUUGAGCAAGUGGAAAAAAGAAAUGAAUUGGAGAUGCUGCGUGCAAUUGAGGAAAUCUUAUUGGAGAGGUGCCAUGGUCGGUUGGAGCCAACAGAAGAGGAGUGUAAUGAAUCAGUAGACACAGAUCCAUUGCCUCCAUACAUACCACGCAAUGGAAAGGGAGCCAGAGUAACCAUGAGCAGUAGCGUUUCUUUACUUUCCAUGUACUGUUCAAAGCUUCCAAGAGACCGGUUUACAGCGCCCAAGCCUGUUUACAAGGUUGAGGAAAUUGGGAAAGAUGUUUACUGGUGUAAACUAACACUGCCAAUAAACUGUCAACUGCGUGAAGACAUAAUAGGUGAACCAAUGCUGAGUAAGAAUCAAGCCAAGAUGGCUGCUGCGCUCAAAGCCUGGAAAAUGCUUCACAAGAUUGGUGAGCUCGAUGAUGACUUGUUACCAAAGCGGACUGUAUCUGACGAGGAAAGUGAGUUGGAAGAAAAUGCAGCAGCUGAGUCAGGCGGAAAACCAAAAGCUGGAACAAAGAAGAGAAGACGAAGAUAUAAGAGAAAGGUUCCUGAAGUAUUUGUUGGUAGCUUGGUACAAGAUGGUCAGCCCCAGUUCCUCACGACCAUCACCAUACAAGUUACUAAACUUACCCAGCCACAAGAGUUCGUUAUAAGUGAGCGACUGUUUCCCGGUAAAACUUGCACAUUUGGAAUGCUGACAAAUAAAAGGGUUCCUUGGGUUCCUGAAGUAUUUGUUGGUAGCUUGGUACAAGAUGGUCAGCCCCAGUUCCUCACGACCAUCACCAUACAAGUUACUAAACUUACCCAGCCACAAGAGUUCGUUAUAAGUGAGCGACUGUUUCCCGGUAAAACUUGCACAUUUGGAAUGCUGACAAAUAAAAGGGUUCCUUGGAUACGGUCGUUCAAACUUUAUCCUAACUAUGGCGAAGUCACAGUAUCCUUGCAUUGUCACAGAUCUCCUUUGCGUACUAACAACACCAAACAAGACUUGGACGUUCUUCGCGAGUUUCAUCUCUUUCUCUUCCGUCACGUUCUGCGCUCUCCCGUGGAAUUCACACCAGAAAGUAGGGAUGGUUACUUCAUUGUUAUGUUGAGGGCUUCUGGAAGGAGUGUUGACUUUGAUGACAUGAAAGAGGAACUUUACGUGUCACAGAUUCUACCAUCAGUUCUUCAGCGUGUCACCUCCCUCCUUCUCGUUGCCGAUCUCAAGGCCAUGGUUGCUGGUACCAUGGAAGUUGAAGACAAUGCUCUGGACUUUGUAAACGACGAUGAUGCGCUUUUCUCUGACAUCAGGUCGAUGUUCCGUUACAGUUCAUCAUGUGCUAAACACCCCGACUCCUUUCUUGUUCUUCAAGCAGUUACCACCACCCAUAGCGGAGAUGCGUUUAAUCUGGAGAGGCUAGAGAUGCUGGGAGACUCAUUUCUGAAGCUGGCCGUGUCCCUUCAUCUCUUCUGCACGUACAGCGAUAAAGACGAAGGUAAGCUGACCCGGCGUAAGACAAACCAGAUCAGUAAUUUAGCGUUGUACCGAGCAGCCGCUAAGAAAUCUUUGGGCGAGUAUCUUCAGAGCACUCAGUUGGCUCGCGACGUUUGGUGUCCAACGGGAUGUCAGUUUGGCGACGUACCACCAAAUCGCACCACAGGUAGCUCAGCCAUGGAAGUUGACAGCGGGGACACGGUCGAGGCAAUGGAAGUUGAUGAGACGUGUGAGAGUGGAAAGAAGAGAAAACUUACUCCUACAGAGAAUUUGCGCCAGAAAUGUAACACGCAAAUGAUAGCGGACAAGUCCGUAGCAGACUGCGUCGAAGGACUGAUCGGAGCGUAUCUAAUUUCCUGUGGUUAUCUUGGUGCACUGCGAUUCAUGAAGUUUCUAGGGCUAAAAAUUUUACCUGAAGUUGAUUCCGACGACGGCAUUGAUUCGUUGGCAGAGAAUAGCAAAUCGGGUUGCUAUGCCAGAUUUUGGCCGGAUCAGACAAAUGUAACAGCAACGCAAGGUAAAGGAGAUAUGGUUUCCCGUCUCACUUCUGGCCUGGAAAACUUUGAAAAUAAAGCAAUCUCGUACAAUUUUCACCAAAAGUUGUAUUUGGUUGAAGCUCUAACUCACGCCUCGUACCACGAAAACCGUGUCACACCAAGUUAUGAACGACUCGAGUUCCUUGGCGAUGCUUUGCUGGACUUUUUGGUCACGCAACAUUUGUACUUCCGUCGUGUCAACUUGUCACCCGGACAACUGACUGAUAUUCGACAGGCCUUGGUGAACAAUAACAUCUUUGCCACCCUUGCCGUGGAACAUGAUUACCACAAGUUUCUCAAGCAUAUGUCUCCCAAGUGGUUCCAAACUGUGAAGAACUUUAUUGAUAGAGUGGAAGAUGAGGCAGAAGAGAGGAAACACAAUCGCCCUCAAACGGUCACUGCUGACCCAUUUAUUAUCGUGUCUGAAGAAGAAGAAGAAGGAAUCGAGGCGCCUAAAGUUCUUGGUGACAUAUUUGAAUCAGUAGCAGGCGCGAUAUUUUUGGACAGCGGUAUGGAUUUGACUAAAACGUGGGGCGUGUACUACCGCAUGAUGAAACCCUACAUCGAUCAUUACUCGGUGAAUAUACCGCGAAAUCCCAUCAGACAUGUCUACGAGGAAGACGAGAGGGCCGACUUUGGGAAAGCGAAGACCCUUGAUGAUGGGAAGAUCCAGUGUACUCUGAGAGUGCACUGGGGAGAGUUCAAUGGAAAGGGAACGAACAUGAAGAUAGCUAAAGCUACAGCUGCCAAGCUUGCCAUUGAAAGACUGGAAAAGAAAUCUUUACAAGAGCACUCCGCGGUAUACGAAGAAGAUUGAGUUUCAGUGCGGGCUUCGAGGACAUCAAUGUUGUUGUUAAGGGUGCUUUCUUUGAUUUUAGUUGUCCUAGAGAAUGCUGCGGAACGCCAUUUAUGGGAAGUAAAUUUCUUAUGUUCUAGUGCUUAUUAUUGUAUAUUAUUUUCCGCAACAUAUGAAAUUAAAUUUCUGACAUGAACAUCCUUCUCUGGGAGCUACGUUUAUGUAGACGAUGUGCUAUAAAUGAAUGGGCAUCAUUUAAGAUUACUCUAUUUUAAAAGUUUCUCUAAAGUACUGCGAUUGACUUUCUCAGACAUCGAUAGUGGACGAGACAUUUGCAUUGUAAAUACGGCUUUAAAAUAUUUUUAUGUACUUUUAUCUUUUAAAUGACUCUGUAUUUUAAGAGUGGGUGUCACGGAGUUAUCGCUGACAAAAAGAGAGAAAAACGCAGUUAUGCAAAACAACAGUAAAUCAAACCGAAAAAAAAAUACAGAAAACUCUGACAGCAAUAACGGUGAAAGUGGUGAAAGUUUACCGUAACAUGGUGUUUAGGUAUAUGAGUUUUGAAUAUAUAAUAGGGACCUUAAGCAGUCAGGACGGCAACGCCAAGGAAGACUUCGAUUAAAAAUGAAUUUCUACUCUU